CGUCACUGAAAGCGCCAGCUUGAGCGGCGAGAGGCGUCGCGCUGUGACGUUUGUUGGCCAUGGAGGCACUGACGGGUGUCUCCAAGCAAGGCAUCCGUGAACAAAUUUGGGACUAUAUGGAAUCACAUGAUUUAGCUGACUUUCCCAGACCUGUUCAUCACAGGAUUCCCAACUUUAAGGGCUCUUACCUGGCUUGCCAAAGCAUCAAAGAUCUGGAAGUCUUUGCUGGGACUCAGGAAGUGAAAGUGGACCCUGAUAAGCCCCUGGAAGGCGUCCGGUUGCUGGCACUGCAGAGCAAAAAGACCCUGCUGGUCCCAACACCACGACUGAGGACAGGGCUGUUUAAUAAAAUCACACCACCUCCUGGAGCCACUAAAGACAUACUAAGGAAAUGUGCCACCUCUCAGGGUGUGCGGAACUUCAGUGUCCCUGUGAGCUUGGAUUCCAGUGUCCUCGUGGAUUUAAUUGUGGUGGGAUCUGUUGCUGUGUCUGAGAAAGUCAUUCGGCUCUGUAUGCCUGACCCCAGCUCCUGCACUGGUCACUUGUGUAGUCCUGUUCUAGUCGGUCCAGAAUCUCACGAGUACCGGAGACUAGUGAGCUGGCGAAUUGGGAAGGGAGAAGGCUAUGCCGAUCUUGAAUAUGCCAUGAUGGUGUCGAUGGGAGCUGUCCACGAAGGGACCCCGGUCGUCACCAUUGUCCAUGACUGCCAGGUCGUUGACAUCCCUGAGGCUCUUCUGGAGGACCACGAUCUCACUGUCGACUACAUCAUCACUCCCACCAGGGUCAUUGCUACAGGCUGUGCACGCCCAAAGCCAACAGGGAUCAUCUGGUCCAAGGUCAGUUGUGAGAUGCUUACAAAAAUCCCAGUACUCAGGAGCCUCCGUGAGCGAGAGAAGCGGGCCGGGAAGGAUGUCACUCUUCAAGCUGAGCCUGACAGCCAGUGCCCAGCUCCAGGCACUAUCAGGAGACCCCAGGAUAUACCACAGUCACGAGCAGGUGCCCUAGGAAGGUCCCAUAGCCCCCUGCAGGGGGUGGACACCCAACUGGCUGCCACUGUGCGUGUGGAAAACCUGCCCUCCAGUGCUCGUGUACGUGAGCUGAAGAGAGCACUCCAGGAGCUGGGGGCAGUGCCCCUGAGGCUCACCUGGCAGGGGCCACAGCAUAGGGCCAUUCUACACUAUGCAGACUCAGCUGCUGCCCGGCAGGCUGCCUCCCGCCUCCAGGGCCUACAUCUAGGUGCCAACACCUUGAGGGUGGCACUGGGGCAGCAGAGGGAUACGUGACCUGGUGAGCAGCCCUCAGCAGAAGAGCCAUGCCCUCUCUGUUUGUGGGAUGUCCCUGGCAUGUGACAGUUUGCCAUUGAUGGUAGCCUGCUGCUCUGUGAAGCCUAUGCCGUCUUCCUGGGAAGAGCCAAACUUUCCUGAUGGGUGGGGAUGUGUAGCAAGCAACACGUCACAACUCUCAGAAUUCUGCGAGCUCUUACUCAUUCUGACCCGUUCCAGUUCCGGUUGUGAAGUCCAUGUGAUGCUCUCUGGGUGCAGAAGGGUUAGGGACUGAGCAGCAGGGGCAAGGGGUAGAGAAUGGAGACCUGAUUUAGGAUAGGAGAGAAAGUAACAGAGGCCCGCAGAGAAGAGGCCAGGGCAGGGAUCGAGGGCAGGCAGCAGAGCCAGAAGGCUGUCCUUGUGAUCAUCACAGACCCCCCAGUCCAGCAGAACAGGAGAGGAGGGAGCACAGAAACACCACAGUGUGCACGUGUGUGAUCACGUCUACCCAGGCUGCACAGCUCUAAGUCAACAGGCUUAGGGCUUCACUGUCCCUAGGUGAGGAGGGGAAGGAGGAGGGGGAGCACUUGUGCCGUGGAUCCUAGGCAGAAGUCAAAAUAAGCAUUUAUGUAGAGAGUUUGAUUCAUUCAAAUGUGCAUGCCUGAGAAGUUUCUUAUUUUUACCAAUGGGUCUUCCACAGUGUCCAUUAACAUUGUCCUUUGCCCCAGAAGGGCAGGCCUUGUUCCCAUAUUUUUUGUUUGUUCAUUUAUUUAUUUGUUUUUUCAAGACAGGGUUUCUCUGUGUAGCUCUGGCUGUCCUGG